GGGGAGCUUCCGACCACAACCCCAAAAAAAAAAGGCGCCAUUGUUGCGUUUUCCCGUAACGUUACUCGGCCCUAAAGUGCUUUUUCUCGUCGCUGCGCAAGCGGACCUUAAGACCGCGGUGACGUCGCUGCGCAAGCGGACCUUUAACCCACCGUGACGUAUGUGGGAGGAACCUCACGACGUGCAGCGUAAAAUAGACGUCUCGCCCUCGGAGCGAUCUAACGAACUUGGAGUGUUCCAGGAGGUAGAGAGAGUCGCCAGCCACGCCCUGCCAGCCCAGGGUGACACCUGCUUCAGUAGUGUAGUACUAUCAUGGUCUGGCCUUCUGCUGAUGGCCCACUACCUGGCUCCGUCAAGCCUAGUGUCCUGGGUUGUGGGGGCUGUGCUCCUCAUCCCGCUCUUCGCCCUCCCUGGAACACGGGGCUUGGAGUUGCAGCCUUCCAGCGAGCCCGCAACACCAGGCGCGCUGUGCUGGGAGCAGAUCCAGCAGGAAUACUACAGUGAAAAGUCUAACUCUUCGGGUGGUCCCUUUAUAUUCAGUGAAUGUGCACAGUGUUGCGACAGAAUUAUUCUUAAAGCCAAGCAGUUGGACUGGAUCAGACUUUCCACCUGUGGCAGCAAGACGCUCACAUGUUUUCUCAGAUUCCCAGACAUAAGCGAUCGUCUCACUCAAGACAUCUUCUGGCUGACAUCGAGCGGAGACGACGUGCUCCUCUAUAUGGGGAACUCCUCUCAAGUGGUCGUCAACUGGGAUUACCUCACAGGUGGACAGAAAUUACUUGAAAUCGUCUUCCUGUUCCUUGGUGUGGUGGUGCUCAUGACGACGUGUGCAGGCAACACCCUCGUACUGGCUACCAUGCUCAGCAGCCCGGACAGAAGUGAUCCUUGGUGGAUUGUCCGCACCAGCCUCGCCAUCGCCGACCUUCUGUGCGGGGUGUUUGUCAUGGGUCUGGCUCUUCAUAACUGCCAGUGUCUCAUGACCAACCACCUGCGUUUCUCAGAGCUGGAGCACUCACUCGGUGAUCUGGGCUUUCAUGACGGCCUAUUCAACCCGCUCUUUGUCCGACGGGGUUACUCCAGUUUCUGUGGCAUUGUAUUCGCGGUGACGUCUGUGAUGUCCAUGCAGUGCCUUGGCUGGUUGGCGCUCGAGAGAUUCAUGCUUUGCAAGUAUCCAUUGGAAAACAAAAUUCUUACGUCUGCAAGAGUUAAACUGGCGGUUCUCAUCAUGUGGAUAAUCUCAUUAGUCUUCCCGCUCAUCAUUGUUUCGACGGGAGAGCUUCCGUGGUGCAGUUUCUUCGACCCUGUCACCAAGCUGACUUUUGUUGUUCCCAAAGACACAAGAUUUAGAGCGAGUCACGUUGCGUUUGUGAUACUAAGUGUUUACCUCGCUGGGCUGUUCCUCUUCACCGUCAUCGCCUCCCUGCAGGCCAUGACCAUAUUCCGCAUCAGAUCCCGAGAGGAGUUGGACGAGAUAAUCGGCAACAUCCCGCUCUUCUUGGCCAAGCAGCAAGAGAAGGAGGACCGCAGCAUCCUCAGAACAAUGCGGUUAAUGCUGGUGACGUACCUCGUCUCCGUUGUCCCACAGGUCUUCCUCUUCAUUCCAGGCCUCAAGACCCAUGUUCGCUUCCUAUACUUCAUAUUCUGGUGGACUUUCGUCUUAAGUUCCUCCUGGAAUUGGUACAUAUACAACAUGCGAAGCACCUUUUUCAAGGCCCAUCUGAUCAAGAUGGUGUUAAGAUCUCCUUGGCUUCCACAGUUUCUGGAGACGAGACUGAGAAUGAGGAUACCGCUAGCCUCCACCCUCACCCUGGACUGGGGCUCAGUCUGGCACGAACUAGACGCUGUAAUCAAGAAGAAAGAGCACCGGCCCAUCAGCUAGAUCCUGGAGUGAAUGACUGAGUGCAUGCACAGUAAUAUUACCACAUACUGGAGAGAGAUAUGAUAAGAAGUGUAAAAUAACUCCAAUGAAACGUCUGGGGGCCCCAUAACCACAAUUAGAGACCACAGUGUAAACAUCAGAGGCCCAAGACUUUACAAUUUCCUCCCGCCAAAAACUGUAGCUGGAACCACAGUGGAAGUUUUGCAUCAGAGAAUUGGACAAGUUUCUGUUGGGGUUGCCGGGCAUUGCCAGGAUACUACACCAACACUGCCAUUCACUGCCGGCUCAGCCUGGCUGUGAUGGCUACGUGGGGCUGUAAGGCCACGAAGACACAGUCUCACAGACCAGGCUGGACUCGUCAGGGAAGGCUGGCCCUAAGUCAGGUUGCGGGAAUGGAUAAUUCCCGCAGAAUUAUCUCGUCAGUUAUAAUUCUCGUCAGAAUACGUAUUGUAUAAAAGAAUACAUACAAUACAUACUGCUUGUAUCAAAGAUUAUAUACUGAUUGAAAACAUUGUAAAUGAUCUAUUCAAUUAAAACAUUUUGACGGG